UGGGGCACUAGGCACAUGGCAGUUUUAAGAUAUAUAUAUAUAGAUGAUAUAUAUCUGCUUUUCAAAGAAAGUGAAAAAUCUAAAAUCUCUCUUCAACCUUUAACAAACAACAACAUGAUCAGCAACAAUGUUGUUGUUUCCUUUCUCUCUGUUUCUCUUUUCUUCUUCCUCUUUUUCUUUUCUUCCGUUGAAUCAAAACAAUUCAGAGAAGCACCACAAUUCUACAACUCUCCAGACUGUCCAUCCAUUCCUGCAAAUUUCGAUUACCAUGAUAUCAUCACAACUUCGGCCAUCUGCUUCGAUCACAUUGUACAUGUAGCAAUGACCCUCGAUUCAGCUUACCUUCGAGGUUCCAUGGCUGCAAUCCAAUCAGUCCUUCAACAUUCCUCCUGCCCACAAAACAUUUUCUUUCAUUUCGUCGCUUCCACUUCUGCCGACACUCAAUAUCUCCGACCCACCAUUUCAAAAUCAUUCCCUUACCUUCGAUUCCUUAUUUACCGGUUCGACGAUUCCAGAGUUGCUGGUUUUAUUUCGACUUCGAUACGCUCUGCUUUAGAUUGCCCGCUAAAUUACGCUCGCAGUUACCUGGCUGAUCUCCUUCCGUUAUGUGUUCGUCGAGUUGUUUACCUCGACUCGGAUCUUGUCCUGGUUGAUGACAUCGCAAAACUCUCUGCUACGGAAUUAGGCGCUGACUCGGUUCUGGCUGCACCUGAAUACUGUAAUGCAAAUUUCACAGCGUAUUUCACACCAACUUUCUGGUCCAAUCCAUCUCUGUCUCUGACCUUUGCAACUCGGAAGGCUUGUUAUUUUAACACGGGCGUUAUGGUUAUCGAUCUUCAGAGAUGGAGGGAGGGAGGAUAUACGACUAAGAUUGAAGAAUGGAUGGAACUUCAGAAGAGAAUGAGGAUCUACGAGUUAGGCUCAUUGCCUCCCUUUUUGCUGGUUUUUGCGGGAUAUAUAGCUCCGGUGGAUCAUCGUUGGAAUCAACAUGGAUUAGGAGGUGAUAAUUUUCGAGGUCUUUGCCGAAAUUUGCACCCGGGUCCAGUUAGUCUUUUGCAUUGGAGUGGGAAAGGCAAGCCAUGGGUUCGGUUAGACUCGAACCGGCCUUGCCCUUUGGAUGCCUUAUGGGCUCCUUAUGAUCUCCUGAAAACCCCAUUUCCUCUUGAUUCUUGAUAAUUAUGUGUAUAUAUACUUAGAGAAAGAAAAUAGUCCGAGAGCUGUCUCAUCUAUAUAUGAAGUUCAAACUAAUCGAUCAUAUCUUCUCGACGAGCUAUUGAGGACAACCAAUGUCCUUAAUUUACCAUAGAUUUUCUGGGUUCGGGGUUCGUUUAUCAUAAUCCGACUACUUGGAAUCCCCUUCAAAGGACUGUGUGGAUCAGUCAGGUAGUGCGGAACAGCGAGGUUAAUUAUGGCAACGAACAAUACAAUCCCUUAUAAAGACGUUGGAAUGUUGUAUUACUUGGUGGAAGAUGAUGAAUGAAAUUUACAUAUAUAAUUUCUCUCUGUACAUUAUAUAAGAUCAUAUUACAAAAUCUAUAAAUAUCUCAUAGUUGAAAUGAAGGGUUUUUGGAUUGUUGCUUUUGCUU